UGUCAGCACGGUCCAAUUUGCAAGCAUUAAAGAAGCAGCUGAACACUGCCUUUUUCUGAAGUAUUACUUGGAUCUUAAAAACAAAACAAAACUUUGGCAUCUCUGUAAUACGAACUGCGGAAACAUGAUGCACACCACUGGAGCGUGCAGCCACAUGAAAGUUCUCAUGUGGCUUCUCGUUCUCUAUAUGUUUCUCAAGAAGGUGUUCCCUCAAGACGACACUGUCAUUGCCACUAAGAGUGGAAGAGUCAAAGGGCUGAAUCUGUCUGUGCUUGGUGGAACAGUUACAGCCUUCCUCGGGAUUCCUUAUGGAGCACCACCUGUUGGUCGACUUCGAUUCAAAAAGCCACAGCCUCGGGAAAAAUGGGAUGGUGUCUGGGAUGCCAUCAAACAUGCAAACUCUUGCUAUCAGAAUAUAGAUGAUGCUUUUCCUGGAUUCGCAGGUUCAGAGAUGUGGAACCCAAACACAAACCUCAGUGAAGACUGUCUAUACCUCAAUGUGUGGGUUCCUUCUCCCAAGCCUAAAAAUGCCACUGUCAUGGUAUGGAUCUAUGGUGGUGGCUUCCAUUCUGGGACCGCCUCACUAAAUGUUUAUGAUGGCAGAUUUCUAGCCAGAGUUGAAAGAGUCAUUGUUGUUUCAAUGAAUUAUAGAUUAGGAGCCUUAGGAUUCUUGGCUUUGCCAGGAAAUGAAGAUGCUCCAGGAAAUGUAGGGUUAUUUGAUCAACGGCUGGCACUUCAGUGGGUCCAAGACAACAUAGCAGCCUUUGGUGGCAAUUCUAAAAGUGUGACACUGUUUGGAGAGAGUGCUGGAGCAGGGUGUGUCAGCUACCAUCUCCUUUCUCCUAGAAGCCAUCCUCUCUUCACUAGGGCAAUCAUGCAGAGUGGUGCGGGAAAUGCCCCUUGGGGUGCACUUCUACCCUCUGAAGCGAGGCGGAGAACUUUGGUUCUAGCCAAACUCCUCCACUGUACAAGUAGCAAUGAAACAGAGAUCAUUGUUUGCCUUCAAAACAAAGAUCCCCAGGAUAUACUCGCCAAUGAAGUUUCUGUUUUAACAUACAGUGCUCUUUUGGAGCUGUACUUCAUUCCAGUGGUUGAUGGUGACUUUCUUGUUGAUCUGCCAGGAACCUUGUUGAAGAAUGGGUAUGUUAAACAAACACAGAUCUUGUUGGGAGUGAACAAAGAUGAAGGUACAGCUUUCCUUGUGUAUGGAGCACCUGGCUUCAGCAAAGAUAACAAUAGCCUUAUCAAUGAAACUGAUUUUCGGGCAGGUUUGGCACUAUCCUUUCCAGAAACAAGUGAAGUAGGAUUGGAAUCUAUUGCUUUUCACUACACUGACGGGGAAGACGAGCAGGACCCUUUCAAAUAUCGUAAUGCUAUGGAUGAUAUCUUUGGGGAUUACAAUUUCAUAUGUCCUACGGUGGAGUUCACAAAACAUUUUGUCAAGGCAGGGAACAGCGCUUUCCUUUACUUCUUUGAGCACAGAUCUUCAAAACUUCCUUGGCCAGAAUGGAUGGGAGUACCACAUGGUUACGAAAUAGAGUUUGUAUUUGGACUACCUCUAGAGAGAAGAGUGAAUUACACCAAAGCAGAGGAAAUACUGAGUAGGUCUGUUCUGAAAUAUUGGGCAAGUUUUGCAAAAACUGGAACACCCAAUGGGACUCAGAUUAAUGGGACAAGAUGGCCAGUCUUCACCACCGCUGAACAAAAAUACUUAACAUUAAGCACAGACUCUUCAAAGAUUCAUACAAAAUUACGUGCCCAGCAGUGCCGAUUCUGGAAUAUAUUUUUUCCCAAAGUCCUGGAGAUGACAGGCAAUAUUGAUGAAGCAGAACAAGAGUGGAAAGCAGGAUUCCUUCGCUGGAACAAUUACAUGAUGGACUGGAAAAAUCAAUUUAAUGAUUAUGCUAGUAAGAAGAAAAACUGUGCAGGUCUCUAAUUAAAAGUUUCAGUCCUUCAGGAAUGUCUUUAUUGUCAAAGAUCAAGGCAAACAUGGACAUAGGUAAUGUAGCAUAUCCAGCAAUAAGGCAUGCUAUGCAGGCUCAGUGACACGUCACAAAUAUACUUGUGUCCCAGGUCUGUUUCAAUUUAUAUCAGUCCAUGCUUCUUCCCUUUCAAGCUUUGGGAAAUGCAAGACAAACCUAGAGCAAUUAAACUGAGGAUUACUGUUAGAUGUAUAACGGCCCCAAUCCAACUCAAGCUGCAUGCAAAAAGAGGUGCUAACAUAUGACUAGUUGUACAAACAUAAGGAUGGAAUUUUGAAUGCACGUCAGGAUGUGCAUCCCGUUCCAAGUGAUGCAGCACAGACAGAUAGCAUCCUUCUUUAAGUAUGCAUUUAAAUGUCUGUCUGAAUGCACAGCCCAUUUAUACCUGCAGUUCCCAAUCCAUGAAAUGAUACAUGUGUAUAAGCUGUUUGUACAUAUGUGUCUCCUGAGAUAGAUUAGGACAAGUAAGUUUCAAUUCAAAGAAAUAUUUGUAAUGUGUUAACAGAUAAAUGCAAUAUUUAUUUUACCUUAAAGCACACAGCAGAAACAUCAGUAUUCUAUAACGCUGCCAUCAAAAGCUCCAUUGGCUCAGAUCUCCAACUGCAAUGUCAAAGCAUUUUAAUCCUGCUUCAGCUGUAAUUUUGUUGUUGGGAACCUAUCAAGAGUUGCCAAGUUUACAGAAAAGAAAAAAAAAUGUUAUUUUCUUGUUAAAGAGGUUUCUAAAUCUGAAUGUCUCACUCCUUGAAAUUAAACAUUCUGGGGAAUGCUCAUUGUCAAAUUACACCAAUCUUUUUCCCAUUAGGGCAUAAGGAGAACAUAAUUAUUUCUUUACACUAGAUCAAACGGAGAGCUAUUCAGGUGAACCUUUCUUUGUCCCGUAAUCCCAUUCCACAGAGCCUAUCACCCACUGACAAAGAGCACUAUUUCUAUUACCAAUUGCUCAUGUGCAAAGUGCAAAUAAUUUGUGAAGUGCUUUGGAAUUAUAAAUUUAUUUGGUCUCGCAAUACCCCUGUGAAGUUAGUAAGAAUAGACAGAUGGAUCAGUCUAUAUCUUGUCUGUGUCAGUUUUGCAUAUGUUUAUUCAUAAGUCCAUUCCAUCCCAUUUCCACAUUAAUGUUCAAUUACAUUUUUUAAAAUCCAUACAAAAAUUAAUUUAAAAAUACUUAGUGUUUUAUCACAAAGUGCAUAUUCGAAUAUGUAUUUUAUCUCAGUGUAUGCCUUUCUAAACAUAUUUCAUCUUGAAACAGGCAUUUUCAAAUGCAUUUUGAUAUCCUUUUUGAGCUGAGAGCCGCAUUACAAAAUGUGAAGAGGUGCAAAAUCUGAAAGAUAAACAUGUUCUGGCCCAUGUAUGUGCAGAGGUGUGAAUUAGGUAUGUUCACUUAAAAAUGCAGACCAAAUGAAAUUCUUCAUCAUCCCUAGGAGUAAUUCAGUAUUUUUCUCCACCACCUGAAGUCAGCUCACAUUAAAUGCACUAAGGCUGCAAUUCAAGAAACACUUACCUGGGAGUAAGACCCAUUAAACCCAAUGGAGCUUACUCCUGAGUAGGCAUGAAUUGGAUUGCGGCCUAAAUCUACAGUCCAAAAUAACCUAACUCUACCACUGCAGUUUGGUGAAGCAUCCAAGAAUUUGGGGCUGAGAUGAAACAGAACACCUGGAAUAGUGAUGGCGCCUAUAGCAGGCAAAAGGUCUUGUCACAUGACUAUCCCUUCAAACUCUCCUCUUGCUGCCCCUCUGUGCUACAGUCUGAGGUGGGUUAGUGAUGGAAAAAACGAUGCAUUACUAGAUUUGCUGAGAUAACACUCUUUAACCGCACCCCCUUACUCAUCAGGGAGAGAAGAGUUCACAGCUCAUAACAGAGGAGCCUCCCUUAGUGCAAGGGGAACCAUUCCAUAGGUCAUGAGCUGGCUAUGGGGGAGGGUCUGUAUUCAGCUGUGGACAUGCACAUUUGAACAGAGGACUCGACUGUAUUCAAUAGGAUGCUGCAAGCAUCAAAUUAGCAUACAGAGGUAGAAGUUGAACCCAGGCUGCUUGGAUCCAGCGUCAACUGUCUGUCAGAACAGAUAGGUGAUUCCCAUGGGUACUUUUGUGAUUUCAUUUCCACAGAGCUGUAGAGGCCGGUAGGCAGGGGAGGGACCCUGCACCUGACGUCCUGGUAGCAGGGUUGCUACUGCUUACCAGCAAGGAGAACAGGGAAGAGGGAGGUGACAGAGACAUCCGUGCUGUGCAGGCACACACACCACUUAAGCCACUCUGGCACUCCCACCCCACACAGCACUGAUGUCCUCACACCUCUCCCUUCUGGUAAGCAGCAGUGAUACUGAUUAGAUACAUGACCACCCCCUCCCUGCUAGUCAGCUGCUACUACCAUAGAGAAUGUGAUAUCUAUGAUUGCAUAUUUGGAGAUGUCUCUUAAAUUUCAUGGUCUGUUCAUACCACUGGAUCUUUCCUCUCCAUCCAGGAUUAUCUCGAUGGAUUUGGGUACCAACUUUGAACCCACAGGUACUUUGCCAAGGCUUCUGGCUGACACACUGCAUCAGACAUAUUGCUACUUUAGAAUCCUGUGUACUUUUGUUUCUAUCUUUAUCUUAGGGGGGGAAAGGGACAAGAGCACAUAUUUUGAGACAAGACUCUCCAAAGUUUAUAAGCAAUUCCAUGUAAAAUGAGACUUAAUAAAAGAAUAGGCUGUGGACAAAGGCAAACAAAAAAACUGUAAUAAAACUCACUGAAAAACCUUUCAGCUGUUGGUGU